UGAAGAUAGAAGGGUCGGUCCAGCAAUUCAGUGAGAUACGGAGAUUCUAUUUCAAAUCACCUUCAUCCCAGGAGGUCAUUCAUUCCAUGUCAAAGAGAAACGAGUCUGGGGAGUGAGAGUGGAGCGAGGGGACAGCAGUUACAAUAUUUGCUCUGUUACUGCUACCGACAGAGGGACUAGAAACUGACGCGGUGGAGCUCAGGGACAUUAAUUUAUCUCAAGCAGUGACCCAACGGCAACGCGGGUGUUGUAAUGGGCAAAUAAUGUGAAGUAUUGUGAGCGGUAGCGACAGUGUGAAGCUGCUGGCUGUCUGGCCGGGCGAUGACUACAGUCAGCGGCCGCAGAAGGGUGGGUACAGAGAGAGAGAGAGGGAGAGAGAGAGAGAGAGGGAGGGAGAGAGAGAUAUAGGAAGUCAGCAACAUCCUCAAAACUGUUACCGGCAGCCCCAGGGCGCGCGCACACACACUCACGCGGGAGUUUCGGCGUCCACCUUCUGUUCUGCCGCUGAGUCGAGCUGAGACGACACUCGGGACAGGACGAGGGAGGGGGAGAGGGAGAGACCGCGGCAGCGCCAGCUUCUCCCGCUCUCUUCACUUCCUCGCUGGGACAUGGCCCGGAGCGGGCGGGCCGGAGCCGAGGAGGCUGCAACCCCGCAGCCGUGCACUGGGAACCGGGUUGUAUGUCCUUCCCACCUGAAUGAGAAUUAGUUCGCUCCUCGCUUCGGGACUCAACGGGAGAAAGGGACGAGGAGCCAUCAGCUCCCCCAUUCAAAUCUCCUUUCCACAAAAAAAGCCUCCCCUCACCGAAAAAGAAAGGUUAAGGAUUUUCUACACGAAAGCAGUGUUAUUUACUUACAGUGUGUUUUAAAACACAAAAGCUUAGGGCCUGUCAGGAGCAGAUUUCUCUCUAGCCUUCAGUAGAAGGUUGAAUGAACGUCUGCUAUGGGAGCUUGUUGACCGAGUUCUUCCCUCGGUGCAGAUGUCAAUGGUUCGCCUGGUGACCUGGGGGUUCGCGUCUCUCGCUCUCCUCGUCUUCCCACUAAGUGCCAUGGGUUGUAUCAACAGCCUCGCCUGCAAGCCGAGGGUGUGCCGGGACUCCAUCUCCCUGCAGGAGGUCUCGGCCAGCAUCGACAGUAACCCCACCAGCAUCGACGAGUCGUCCGACAUCGUGCUGCGCUACCGGACUCCCUACUUCAGAGCCUCGGCGCGGGUCUGCGUGCCCCCGAUCCUCAAGGCGGACACUUGGGUGGUCGGCUGGAUUCAGGCUUGCAACCACAUGGAGUUUCACAACACGUACGGCGAUGUAGGCAUGUCCAGCUGGGAGCUGCCGGAUCUCAGAGAUGGAAAGAUUAAUGCAAUAAGUGACUCUGAUGGAGUGAACUAUCCUUGGUAUGGUAACACCACUGAAACCCACACAAUAGUGGGGCCCACCAGAAGGGAGGUCCGCUUUACCGUCAGCAUGAAUGACAACUUCUACCCGAGCGUCACCUGGGCCAUCCCCGUCAACAAGUCCAACAUACCCCAACUAUCCAGUAUAAAGAGAGACCAAAGCUUCACCACUUGGCUGGUCGCUGCCAAUCAAGAUACAGGUGAGAUUAUCGUCUUGCAAACAAUCAAAUGGAGAAUGAAGCUUCACAUUGCUGUGGAUCCGACAGAAAGCCUGGGACAGCGUGCUGUUCUGAUGGAGCCCAUCAGUCAAGAACAUCCUGUGAUUCUCACCAAGAACGAGCCAAUCCCACACAAUGUAUUAAAGAAACCCAACGCAAAUGAUGCUCAGGUGCUGAUGUGGCGGCCGACUUUUGGGGAAUCGCAGGUAGUCAUUCCUCCGAAGAACUGAAAGAACAAAAUCACUAGCAAUGUGUUGAUGCUCCUGAAAUACAACACAGCACUGGAUGUUCAAAACCAACCUGUGCACUAAUCAUAUAACAACUGCUCUACCUUAAACCAAAACAGUAGAGAACAACAUCACUGUGCUGAAAUCUGAUUUGUUUGCUGAGCUAAAGGCCAUCACACUGUGGGAUCAUCUCAUCUUAAAGACUUUAGCUUUGGCUUCUGGUCCUCUGUUGAAGCAUCGCACAAGUCAAAGAAAUUUUAUUGAAUGUCGGUCAAACCUGGAAUGCAAUUGCACAAUGAACAAUUUUUGCAAAAUUUUGUUUUUGUACUAGAAAAAAAACUAUCUCCUGACCAUGCUGCCUUAAGUUAGCAAAAGCAUCUCAUUGCAAGUAUUUGCCUUAAAAUGUCAAACUGAAUGCUAUUUCAUUAUGACUGCAAUAUGCGAUUGUAAACCAGCCUGCUCUUGAUCUGUGAAUAAUGUUUCUUCAUAAAUAACAUGUUUCAUUUUGUGGUGAGGUCCUGAAAAAGAAUUGUCAAGUGGAACCUAAUUAACCAACCUUAAAAUCUAUUCAUUGAUAGUCAAGAAUAUGAAUGGGAUGUGGUACUGUCCAGAAUGGGGUGAUUUCAAGGAACGGUCAACUCAGAACAAACUGAAGUAGACCACAAUAUUCCAAUAUCCAAGACCCUGAGAACCACCAACAUCUUGGUAGAUUACCAAGAUGUUUUAUACUAUUCUUUCAAUUUUCAUUGGAAAAUAUUUCAUAGACAAUGUAGAUCCAAUGCAUAUUAUUAAUCUAGUACCAUGGAUCAACAGGGUCAGGUUUGAAAAGGCUCCUUCAAAUCCUAUGUUAAUGUUUCUUGUUAAGACCUGAAAGACUAAACCUUCCAGCACUAAGUAGGUGGACUUACAGUAAGAUCGGUUUCUGAUGUGUUUACCACAAGGGUUAUUACAGUUGUUCAUGUGUUUGCAUUUCCCCUUCAACAAUGCUUAUCACAGAACUGCAGAGAACUUACAACACAGAAACCCAUUUGGGUCUAAUUGGUUUGUGAUCAUGUUUAAGUCUCCUUUGUAGGACUUUAUCCAACACUUUUACCAUACCCUUCUACUUCUUCCAGUCUCAUAGGUUUUUCUAGUUUACCCUUAAGUAUAUCUUUGCUGUUGAAUCACUCCAUGAGCUACUGAGCUUCACAUUCUCAUCACUCUGGGAAAACCUGCAUUUCUCCUGAACACCACAGUCGAUUUAUUAGUGAAAAUUUUAUGUUCAUUGCUUGUAAUUUUGGGUCGCUCUGCCUCCUGCACCACAAGUGAAAUAACAUCUCCACAUUGAACUUUAUCAACAUGUUAAAGCCAUCUCGCAGAUCACAGGGAAAGAGGUGAUAGCUGUAAAAUGGUUUAAUGUAAUCCAUAUGACAAUCAGGGUAUUUGUUUAGAAAAUGGUGGCAUCCUCUAUGUCAGACUGAGGUGCCGAUAAUAAUUCAGUGAGUUAAGAUUACGUGCCCCUUAACUUAUUAAUCAGUAUGAAAGAGAAAGUGUUAAGGGCAACCAAUCCUCAAGCCUGCAAAGUUAAUUUAUUCAACUACUUGGCUGUAAGGUUUUUGGAAAUUAUGUAAACUUGAUGAUGUUGCCAUUAUUGUGAAACAUUGCAACAUUUGCACCCUGACAACUGAAUCUAAAAUGGAUCUGUUUUUUUUUGCUGAAGUUGUGAAGGCUACAAGAGAAAAAAAGUUUGAAAAAUAUAAUUAAAAAAGUGAAAUUGCGUACUCUCACUUGUUGUUCCCAUUAUUCUCUGCAUUACACCUUGUGUGGGAAUGAGAAAGAAUUAGAAUUAUUACCUAUCUACAGGCUGUCCCUGGGUAACAAACGGGUUUACUUUUACAAAUGUCCUUCAGAUUGAAAAUACACAUGAUCUGGUAACCAUACCUCCAAGGUAUGUUAAUGGAAUCAAAAGUACAUAGUGCUGUGUAUUUAAUAUUUCAGUAAUAUUUGAAUAAUAUAGUAAAUAUAUUGUUUGAUUAUGUAUUUUUUGUUAUUUACAUAAUUCAUUACGGGUUAUAUGUAAAAGUACGUGAAUGGCAUACGUCAUCACGCCACCAAGUCAUUGGUGCAUGUCUCACUAAAAGUAAAACUGAAAAGUACACACGCUAUUCCAUGAUCCCCUGGGAUCAAUAAAGUAUGACUA